AGGCCGAAGCGCGUCCUGCCGGCUCCACCCGAACCCGGGGCGAGCGGAGCGGCGGCUGCCCCGUGCCGGCAGAGGCUGCUGCGGGCUCCCAGGGCCGUUUAUCUCGCCCGGGAUCAGCCAAUAUUUGCGGUCACGUCAGGGGCACCCAGCCCUUCCCCGCUGCCUGCUCCCGCCGAGCCUGGCUCUGCCCCACCCGCUGCCCCCGCGGCUCUCCCGGCCCCAUUUGGGCUCAUCGGGCGGUUGGAGGAACUCUGUCUGCCGAGACCCUUCCUCACGCUGUCACCUCCUGGCGCCAGGGAUGACAGCCACGGUGGCUUUCCUGCUCCUGAGCCUUCUGAGGGUGGCGGCUGCCAAGGGAAUGCGGUGCCCAGUCUGCGGGCUGGCAGCCCUGGCACCCAGCACGCAGCGGGAGGUGCUGCUGGCGCUGGCCAAGCAGAGCAUCCUCUCCGGGCUCGGCUUGCCGGACAGGCCCAACACCACCCAGCCCAUGCCCAGGGGGGCCCUGCUGACCGCUCUCCACAGGCUGCGUGGGCAGCACACGGACACGGCCGAGCCCCCAGGGGCACCCCGGGGUGGCAGCAACCCGCGCCCUGGGAGGGGUCUACAGCAGUACGAGAUCCUGAGCUUUGCCGAGGCAGGGUCCUCCACCUCCCGCAGUGUCCUCUUGCAUUUCCGCUUCACCCGGGACCUGUCCGAGAGCACCGAGGUCCUCCGGGCCACCCUCUACCUCUUCUGGGCAGUGCCCGGCCCCGGGACUCAUCCUGUCACCAUCAGGCUCCUGCAGCCGGACCCGGCGGGGCUGAACACGACGGUGACCGGCGAGAGCCGGCUGGAGGUGCAGAGGAGUGGCUGGACCACACUGGACGUGGGGCCAGCUGUCCAGCAGCUCUUCGGCCAAGGCAGUCAGAGGCUCACCGUGGAGCUGGAGGUGCCGGAGGCCCUGGGGUCUUCCUUGCUGGCUGACCGCAGUGGCUCUCGCUGGCCCUUUGUGGCAGCCCAGGCGCGGGUCAGGGCACCGCACCGCGUCCGGCGGCGCAGCAUCGACUGCAGCGGCGACUCCCGGACGUGCUGCCGCAAGGAGUUCUUCGUGGACUUCAAGGAGAUCGGCUGGGAGGAUUGGAUCAUCCAUCCCGAGGGCUACCACAUGAACUACUGCGCGGGGCUCUGUCCCCGGCACAUGGCUGCCGCCCCCGGCCUCGCAGCCUCCUUCCACACCGCCGUCCUCAACCUCAUCAAAGCCUCCAACGCGGAGGCUGCCGGCGGCUCCUGCUGCGUCCCGACCCAGCGCCGGCCGCUCUCGCUGCUCUACUAUGACCGGGACAGCAACAUCGUCAAGACUGACAUCCCCGACAUGAUCGUGGAUGCCUGCGGCUGCACCUGAGCUGCCUGAGGAGGGGGAGGGCAGGACCUGCGCUGCGUGGCGUUCCCCUCCUCCCGGCUCCUCCGCUGGGAGAUGGGAACCUGCCGAGGUGUUUCUCCUCCUGAGGCUGAAGCAAGUCCUCUCCUUAAUCACCUCCCACAGGGCUCUUUCCCCCUUUCACAUCUGCCCUCUCUGCCUCUGCCAGCCCCUGAUGGACACCAGACCCUGCUGAGCACAACUCCCUGGGGGGCUUGGGGCAGCCCCAGCUCACUCUGCUGCUGGUCCCAGCCCAAAGCCGUGGUGCAACCCUCAACACGAACAGGUUCCUCAGGUGCCAGCAGCAGCUGUCUGGGGCUGCUGGCAGGGAGGGAAGCUGAGAAGGCGCUGGGGGAUGGCCAGAGGGGAGAGGACCAUCCAUGGG